UCGAAUGGGUGGCCUACCUCACGAGGCGUUCUAGCCAGCCAGCUUCACGCUGCGAAUAUCUGCCUGCCUGCGAAUAACAGCAAUAGCAUUUGCUGUUUUCAUCGUCAUCUAGUGGUGGAGAGCGGCUGCUUGGUGUUGUGUUCGUGGCCUAGAGAAGAUUGAAAAAUGAGCGAUAUAGCACAGUGGUUUAAAGGACUUCCAACAUUCACUCGUUACUGGCUUGGAUUAACACUUAGCUUUUCAAUUCUUGGGCGAUUUGGUUUACUUAAAGCUCAUCAGCUGAUUCUUCUCUAUGAACCGUUCGUCAAAUACUUCCAGAUAUGGAGACCAGCAACUGCUCUGUUUUAUUAUCCUUUGUCUCCGGCAACAGGAUUUCACUUUAUGAUAAAUUGUUACUUCCUGUACAACUAUUCAUUGAAGCUAGAAGAAGGUUUGUAUCAGGGAAGGCCAGCAGACUACUGUUUUAUGCUUCUCUUUAACUGGAUAUGUUGUGUCAUUGUUGGAUUGAUCGGCGAAAUACCAUUCUUAAUGGAUCCAAUGGUUUUAAGUGUACUAUAUAUUUGGUGUCAACUAAACAGGAAUGUUAUUGUAAGCUUCUGGUUUGGAACUCAAUUCAAAGCAAUGUACCUUCCUUGGGUUCUCUUUGCUUUUAAUCUCAUCAUAUCUGGCGGAGGAAUCUUGGAGCUUGUGGGAAUCCUUGUGGGUCAUCUAUACUUUUUCCUUACAUUCCAACUACCACAAGAAAUGGGUGGACCCAGCUUCCUUUCCACUCCUCAAUUCCUGUAUAAGUAUUUUCCCAAUCAACGAAACAUGGGUCUUGUAUUUGGCGCACCCCCGGCUAAUCGUAGACCAGCUGAAGGGGCUGCUCCUGCGGCAGGAGGAAGGCAUAGCUGGGGACCAGGUCAUGUACUUGGAAACUAGUAGUAAAUUUGCCUAAAUUUCUUUCUAUUUUCUAUUUUUUUCUGACAUUGUAUAUUUGUAUUGAAAGCAUCCAUUGAACUCAAUCAUAAAAAUUUAUUUCAACACUUUGUGUUAGCUCUUUCAACACUUUGUGUUAGCUCUAUCAUUCCACUUUGACAGAUUUACCUCAACUAUCUUGUGUCACUGGUUUUCAGAAUGACAAUGUUUUAAGUCCAUAAUGAUCCCAUGAUCAUAUUAAAAUGGUUCACACCAAAAAAAUAACUCAUCAACUAUGGGGAAAAAAGUUUAAGAACACUGUUAAUGUGUGAUAAUUUGCUGCAUCAUCAUACUUUUAUUAGCUAUCACAUAGAUUUUUUGAAAGUUGUUGAUAAAGUUGAUGUGCAAUCAAAUUGUACUGUUUGUGAUGUUUCAAUAUCAACUGUUAUUGAGCUAGCCUCUGAAAUAAAGUAGCUUAACUUUGCAAUUUCACUGUUGAUGAUUCUGUUACUUGGUGAAUUGGCCUGUGAAGUUGAGUUUGUUGUAUACUACCUAAUUCAUAUUUGUAUCUAGUUAUUAUUUUUCUUCUAAUUUAUUUAACCUGCGCCUCAUUUUUUGAUCUGAUUUGAGGGCUGCAGUUUGGCUUGUGAAUAAUUGAAGCAUGAACGAACAUGCCUACUUGUUGUGUAAUGAUUUCGUUAUAAUAUUUUGUGAGAUUUCAUUGACUAAUAAAGAAAAUUAAAAAAGACAGCAACAUACGAAA